AUGGAGCAAAGAAAUCUAGGGACAUCAGUUCCGUCAACUUUUACUCCAAAUACUAACAAUUAUAAUGUUCUAAAAAAUGGAUUUAAUAAAACACCAAUAAAUUUUCAUAACAAUUUUUCUAAUCUUCAUUCAACAAAUGAUAUGUUGUUAAUGUCAUUACAGCAACAAUUAAAUGAACUUUCAAAUACUAAUGUGCCUUCAGCUGUUGAUAUACAUAAUUCAUCAAAAUUAAUAUUACAAAAUGAUUUACAUUCAUCACCACAAUAUACUACAAAAACAUCAUGGAAUGAUAUACCAAAAGAUAAAUGGAAUGUACAAAAAAAUUUAGAAUGUCAAAAACAACAUAUUAAUUAUAACAAUACUUUUAACACAAAUUUAUCUAGUCCUAAUCUUCUUAUUAACGCAAAAAUUAAUGAUAAUAGGUCGCCAAUUGAAACACCGCCAUUUUCUAUGACACCUCAUAAUAUUGUACAAAAUGGAAAUACUACAUUUCAAAAUUCACCAAAUGUUAAUUCACUAUAUAAUGUUAGGCAACAACCAAUAAAAAGAAGUAAUAUUAAUUCAAAUAUAUGGUCUCCAUAUAAUAAUUUAAAUAUUAAAACACCAAUGAUGAAAUCAUCAAAUAAUAUAAUUAAUGAAAUAUCCAAUCAAUCUAUUAAUUCACCUACAAAUAAUAUUUCUCAUGAUAUUUCUUCAAUACACAAUCAAAAAACAUUAAAUCAAAAUAAAAAAUUUAAUAUUAAUAAUAGUAAUGAUUUUUCACAACAUUGUUAUAAUAUGAAUCAACUUCAAAUAAAUAAUAAUGAAACAACUAUUGAUGAUAAUACAUCACCAUCAUCAUCAUCAACAUCAUCAUGGGGAAAUAUUGAAAGAAAUAAUUUUGGUGGAUAUUCAUUAAAAACAUUGCAAAUACCAAAUAAUGAUAAUAAUAUGUUUCAAAAAAUAUCUGAUACCAUAAAUAGUAAUAAAAUUAAUUUUGAAAAUUCAAUAUCAUCACAAUAUAACAAUCAAAAAGAUAUAUUUAAUAAUACUACUAAUGAUAUUAAUAAUACAAUAACAAAUUUUUCUUCAACAAUGAAUGAUAUAAAAAAAUCAAAUAAUAUUUUAGAAAAUUUAGGUGAACAACAAGAACAACUUUCUAUAAUUGAUAAUAAAAAAUUUGAUCAUAUUAACGAUUUGGCUGAUGUAGAUAAAGAAUUUGAACAAAUAUUAUCAAGUGUUGCAAGAAAAGAAUCAACUUCUGCAAAUAAUAAUAUCAAGGAGUAUAGUAAAUUUUCUAAUACUUCAUCAAAUAUUCCUAAAAAUAAUGAAUUGAAUAAUAGUAAUAAUUCAUUAAAUAUCAAUAAAGAAUCUAAAGUGCCUAUUGUAGAUUUAACUUUUUUGGCUCCAUUACCAUUAAAUAAUACUAUUGUAUUAACAGAAUUCCCUUCAACAUCUUCCUCAAAAUCUUCUGAAAAUAAAUUUGGAUUAUCAGGAACAAUUAAUUUUACACCACCUGGUUCACCAACAAUAACAGAUAAAAAUGAUUCAUAUAACUCAUUUUUUGUUCCAUUUUCUUCAUCAAGUGGAAAUAAUUAUUUAAAUACUAAUAUAAAUAAUAUUACUUCUUCAUCAUCAAUAAUUUCACAAGAAAAUUUAAAUAAAUCAAAUGAAGGAAUUUCUACUAUAUCAACACAAUCUAUAUUAUCAAAUAAUAUUAAGAAUAAAAUUAAAAAUAAGGAUAUUAAUAAGGGUACAGUCAAAAAAUCAUUAAAUUGUCGAACAAAAAAAACAAAAGAUUUAGAGAAUGAUGAUAUAAAUAUAUUAUUAGACAAAGAACAAAAAGAAAAAGAAGAAAAAGAAUUUUUAGAUUCAUUAUUAUUUAUGCCUAAUAAGAAUAAUAGAAAUAAUUGUAAUGUAGUCCCAAUAUAUAAACAAAAAUCUAAACCAUGUUAUGCUGAAGCAUCAACAUUAAUGAAAGAAGAUUUAUUAAAAGGAAAAAAUGCUGUAGAUGAGUAUGAUUUUGUUGAUGAUGAACCAGAAGAAAUUUUACCUAAAACAGUUAUAUCAUGUGAUGAUGAUUCUGAAGAUGAUACAAAUAAUUUAUCAUCAAAAAAUAAACAACAUGGUGAAGAAAAAAAUUGUAAUAGUAAUGAUAAUGAAAGUAAUUCUAAUAUAAAUCAAAAAAGUCGCAAAUAUAAUGAAAAAGCACAAAAUAAUAAUAAAGAUAAAAUACAACAAUCAAAUGGUAUAUCAUUAUUAAGAAUAUUAAAAGAAAGAAAAAUUAAUGAUCAUCACAAAAUAUUAACUAAUAAUAAUUUUAUAAAGCAUGAAAUAUGUUUUAAAGAACAUGAUAUUAAAUUUGAUAAUAACAAAAUUGAUGAAAUAAAGGAUGAAAUAAAUAAUGAAAAUACAACAUUAUUUAACAAUAAUGAAAUUGAUGUUAUAAGAAUAAGUAAUAAUAAUGAAAAGAAAAAUAAUAUUAUUGGAGAAAAAAAUAUAUGUAUACCACCAUUAAAAGUAUUAUCAAUGUUGGCAGUAGAUAAAAAAUCACCCUCAAUAGAUGAAAAUAUAAUGCCAGCUAUACCAAAAUUAAGAAUUAAAAUAUUUAAACAAGAAAAAAUAAUUUCCAAAGAUAAUGAUAUUAAUAAUAGUAAUAAUAAAAAGAAAAAAAAAAGAAAAUUAGAUAAAGAUGAAGAUUAUAUUUAUGAUACAAAAAAUUCUAAAAAGAAAAAAAGAAAAAGGGUAAAUGAUGAUGAUUGUGGUUAUAGUAAUGAAUCAACAAAUUAUAAAGCGCAAAUCAUUAUGUUUGAGGAACAUGGUUAUAUUGAAUAUGGUAAAAAAGAUAGUUUAACUGUUGAUGAAUGGAAUUCAAGAGAUAAAACAAAUUAUACACGUUUUAAUGAUAAAAAAAUUGAUAAAAAUACAAAUAUUUUAAUGAAAAUUAAACAUAUUGCUCCAAGUACAUAUAUAAGUGAAAGAUUAAAAAUGUUUGAAGAAGCUUCAGAAGGUAUUGGUAAAGGAACAUUUUUAAUACAUAAAUCAGAUUUAUCAAAAGAUGAUAUACCAUUAUGGAAAGUUGAUAGUCAAAAUUUAUUGCAAAAAUUUCCAGCCUUAAAAGAUAAUAAUAAGAAUAGAACAUAUAUGUAUAAGAGUAGCUCAACAUACUCUGGAUGGUGUGAUCAAUUAAUUAAUGAAUAUAUGAUAAUUAAUGUAAAUGUUGUUAAACAAUCAAGGUCAGAAUGUAUAGUAGAGUUACCAUUACCUAUAAAUGAUUUAUUUCCAGUUAUGUCAACUAUUGACAUUAAAGAUAUUAAUAUUUUUAAAGAUAGUAAAAUUUCUAAAGAUAUAUCAUCAAAUAAUGAGGAAAAUAAAUUAAUAUUAUCAAAAGAUGAUAAAGUUGUUGAAAAUAUGUUAAUAUAUAUAGAAGCAUUAUUAAAUCAUGCUAUAUCAAAUACAUUUUUAGAUAAAGUAAAGCAAGGAAAUGAUUGGAAUUUUUUACUAGCAAUUAAUGAAAUUGAUAGAAUUAAUAAUGAGGCAAAAGAACGUGUUAAACAACGUGUUAAAUGGACAGAAAAAAUUGAAAUAACAAUUAAUGAAUUUUUAUAUUGUUCUAUUAUUGAUGGUAUAAUAUUUAAUUAUAAUAAAAAGGAUGGAAAAAAUCAUUGUAAUAAUGUAAAUAUACAAUGUCAAGCAUGUGGAAUGAGGAGUAGUGAAAAAAUAAUACAAUUUUUUGAAAAAUGUAUUUAUAAUAAAGAAACAUUAGAAAUUGAAAUUGAUAAAAAUAUUAAUGAAAAAGAUGAUGUAGAAGAAUUAUCUGCAAUAGAUUUUCAUAUUUGUGAGAUGUGUGCAGAUUUAGGAGAAAUAUACCAUCGUCUAACACAUAUGAGAUUUUUAACAUUUAUGGUUUGUGAACAAAAGUUAGAAGAAUUAUGCAUGUUAGAUGAAAAUGUCCUACCAUCAAAAGCAAUAUCUAUAUGUUUAAAAGAUUUUAAAUGGCUAAAUGCGAUAAUGUCAGAUUAUUAUGAAAUUUGGAAACGUAUACAAAGAAAUGAUAUAUAA